UCUAAAAUAAUCUUUUAAAAUUCGAUUACUUCCUUAUUUAUCAAUUAAAUUUAAUAAUUUAUAUAUAUGUAUAAAUAUCUGCUACUGUUUUAACGCUUAUAUAGGAAAUAGUUAAUUGUAGUUAUUUAAUAUAAUAAUACAUUAAAUAAUUCUUUAUUAAUGAGUUUCUUAAGCCACUGAAUACUUAUUUUUACAGUAAAAGGUAUUUUCUUUAUUAAUAAUUGGUUCAUUAAUCUUCUGAAUUUCAAAAUUUCUCAAAUAUGAGCAGUUUAUCUAGUCAGCUUUGGAAAAGCAGUUUUCAUAUAGUGAGACUUGGCCAAGGUAAUUUUUUAUCUAAAGUCAAUCGCUUCUGUACAUCAGGAGAAAAGGAUUCAUUAAAAGAUGAUGAAAAAAUAUUAACUAAGGACAAAGCUCGAUCAUUAGUUAUGAACUUAACUAUUGAAGAAAGAGAAAAUUUAGCAUGGUGUCUAAAUCAUCUAGAAUCAGAAGAGACUAAAGCUGAAUAUAAAGGACAAUUAGCUGGAUUCAGAUGGCGUUCAAAGUUUGGACGACCUAGCAAAGUACCAAAAUUAGGAGAUGUAGAUCCCACUGGUUCUUAUUGUCCAUUACCUGAAGAAUGGCUAAAAAAAAAAUAUGUUGAAGCUGUACCAAGACCAACAAGAAUUCAAUUAUUUAGAGUUGGUUUACAUAAUGCUAUUCCAUUUAUUAUGUUUGGCUUUUUAGAUAACAGUGUUAUGUUAAUUUGUGGUGAAUCAAUUGAAAGAACAGUAGGAGCUUUAGUCACAAUAUCAACAAUGGCUGCAGCAGCAAUUGGCAAUACAUUUUCUGAUAUUCUUGGUAUUGGAUCAUCUUAUUAUGUAGAGCAAUUGGUUACUAAGCUUGGUUUAAAACCUCCCAGUUUAACACCUAUUCAAUUAGAUAUGAGCUGCAGUAGACAUGCUGCUAAUUUAGGAAGAACUCUUGGAGUCACAUUGGGAUGUAUUUUAGGAAUGUUUCCACUGCUUUUUAAAAAGGAUGAAGAUACCAAGAAUGAAAAUACUGAAGAUUUGUCAGAAAAAUAAUUUUAUGAAAGAAAAAAAUCUGUUUUUCUCGAUGAAUUACUUACAUUUUUGGUUUCAGUAUUACUAAUUAUGAUCAAUAGUUUAAAAUUUAAUAACUAGACAUUUUUGUAUAAUUUAUAGAACGAAAAAUUUGACAACAAUAUUCAACAUUUAUAUUAUUUGUAGUGCUAUUAUUUAUUCUAGAAAUGUUAUAAAUAAUUACCAAAUAGAUUUAAUCUUCCAAACUAUUUAAUAUUUAU